AUGCUUCUGGAGUACUACCCUACGGACCAGCAUCAAUGCCACAUCGAUAUGGGAUCGUACGGGUGGAGCGCGUUGAAUAUUGAUUACAAAUGGGCCCAAAUAAACCCGAUCAAAACCAAGGCCGGCGCGGCGAACCCCAUCCAGGAUUUCCGGCUCGAAUCGUAUGACUCGGAGACCUGCAGCCGGGGGACCGGCUCCGAAAAAUGCCCGUGCCUUCGGGCCAUCUUCACCUUUCAACGGGAAAGCUCGGCGACAUGGCGUCUAAUCACCCAAAUCUACCUCCCGAACUUCCUGUUCGUCGCCGUCGCCGGAUUGACAUUAUUUCUUCGUUGCUCCGAAAUGCGAACCCGGCUAGCAUUGGCCGCGACAACACUCCUGGGAACGGUUUUGGUGGGCUCCCUGGCGAUGUCAUCGAUUCCGAGGGGAGCGCGACUGGUGUAUGCUUGGCUAAACGCAUCGUAUAUCUUCACUGGAGUUGCCUUGAUUUGGAUGCUGAUUUGUGCGGCGUGGCAGGAGACGAGUGAGAGCAAAUACCAACGUUGUCAGGCUGAGCAUCAGUUUCUGGUGGAGGGUGUUGCAGACGGAGGGCCAGAAAAAGUAGUUCCUCGAUCCAAAAUUUCUGUAACUGGCUAUAUCAAGGCCUGGCUACCAGGCGUCAUCUACUUUGUCAUCUUCGCCAUCUUCUGCUUCGUCAACUGGAGCCAUGCAUUUAACCUCCUU